UACUUCCUGCAUGUGCCGACAAUAUGGCAGCGCCUAUAGCGAUUCAGUUGGAGUUUGGAGGAGGAGCCGAGCUGCUGUUUGAUGGCCUGAAGAAACAUCAUGUGACUCUCCCAACCCAAACUGAACCUUGGGACGUGAAGCAGCUGCUGGUCUGGAUCCAACGGAACCUGCUGAAGGAGCGGCCUGAACUCUUUGUUCAAGGAGACUCUGUGAGACCUGGGAUUCUGGUGCUUAUCAAUGAUGCAGACUGGGAGCUAAUGGGGGAGCUGGAUUACCAACUGCAGGACCAUGACAACGUUGUGUUUAUUUCGACUCUGCAUGGAGGAUAGUAAAAUGCGUGUGGGAUGUACAUAUGUCGUUGACAUUUCUCUAACUACCUUUCCUCCACAUCCUCCUCCUCCUCCUCCCCGCCCCCCUGCACACACACACACACACACACACACACCCCAACAACACAUAACCCAGUGGGAAUCUGUGAACCUGCACCGUGACGACAGAGGUGAUGGAUGUCCAUUUUUAGGAAUUCAGAAGGAUACAGAGAAAAUGUGGAAGUGCAUGGUGAGACAGGGAUACGAGGAUCUCUUUUUGUUUAUUUGUUUAUUUGUUUUUGUCAUAUUAGACGGGCUGAAGGAGUGACCAUUUAAAGAUUGACCACCGCCUUUAUUUUUGAUCCCCUCAAAUCUUCCAUUAUGAAUAUGAAGGCAAAACAGCUUCAUUCUAACAUUAAAAUAAAAUGCUUUAUGGUCAAAAUUAAUGUUAAAGAUGAC